AUGCGAAAUGAUUCGAUAACGAGUACAAGUCGGUUAUCGUCGCCCGAGCAGUUAUUUCAGACGAAAAAAGCAAUCUUGUUAACCCUUGGACAAUGUCUUUUACAAUAUGGAAGCCCGUGCCAUCGUGUGGAAGACACGCUACGGCAUGCGGCCAAAAUGCUGGCUAUUGAAGCAUCUUUUUCAAUCGUCCCUGAUCUUGUUCUGGUUUCGAUGGCGAAAACAUACCACCAUGACGAUACUAGCAAAACCUUGACUAUCAAAUCGGCACAGAGCUUCGAUACAGGCAAGCUCGUGCGAGUGACCAAAACCAUGAAUAAUCUAUACAAAGGGGAUCUGAGUCUAGAAGACUGCUUGGCUUCCUUGCAUGAAAUCAUUGAUUCGCCAGCAACAUGUGGUAACUUCGCUGUCUGCUUUUCCUUUGCUGCCAUUGGGUUUUCUGCAUCGGUGUGCAUGUUUAAUGGUUCUUGGCUUGACGCCUCGCUUGCCGCCGGAUUGGGUCUUAUUGUGGCAGUACUAUUUAUUGCAUCGAUGAAUUUCCCGGUCUAUGGUCCCGUGUUUGAAGUUUCAGCGUGUAUCAUCGUCGGUAUUUUCGGCAGAGUCUUGCAUGACUAUGUAUGUUUCUCCAAAGUCGCGGUAUCGUCAAUAUUGAUCUUGCUGCCAGGAUAUGGAAUGACCAUGGCAGUGAUGGAAAUAUCUGCACACCAAGUAACAACAGGUGCCAUCCGACUCAUCUACGCUGUCAUCUAUGCGUUUAUGCUAGCCUAUGGCUUGCAAAUUGGAAGCAGCGUGUAUAUGGCAAUCAAUCCAAGCAUCCAAGACGAAGGUACCUGUGGUGAUCCCAUUUCCCCCUGGUUCUACCUACUACUAUUCCCAGUUAUGAGCAUAUCAAUUGGUCUGGCGUAUGGUUCAUCAAGACAUCAAUGGGCUACCCAAACAGCCUGUGCAGCCAUUGGCUUUUGUGUUCUCUAUUUUCUGGGCAAAAUCGUGACAGAUGCACAGAUACUGAGUACGAUAGCAGCAUUCGCUAUGGGGUUGUACGCCAAUUUUGCACUGAAAUUGACGGGUGAUCCGCCGUUAGCGCCACUCUGUGUUGGCAUUACACUGCUUGUUCCUGGAAGUAUCGGUGUGCGAGAUGCAUUUGCAUUAUUGCAUCAGAAUGAUCUGAGCCAAGGACUCUAUCCAAUCCACAUGCUUCGGAUCGCACUCGGUCUAUCUGUUGGCUUAUAUGCAUCGGCAAUGAUUGUUUAUCCCACGGGCAAAUUACGCUCGUUGUAUAUUUCUUUGUAG